AUGGCAGCAGAGUCUGCUUUGGUCCCCAGCCCUGCCCCCAUCACUGGACUCAUUAGUUCUACAUGGAGAAGGCAGGUGCUUUCCCCUGACAGCAUCUGCCUAGGAGGCUGUGGCAGGGAGGAGAAUCAGGCAAAUCUUCUGGAGAAGCACCUCACUUGCCCCCUCCUUCUUGCCCACAAUGGCAGCCCUUCUAGCUGGGAAGAGAGUCCUCUGUUCUACAAGAGGCUAAACAUGAGUAAUGGCUUUGUCACUGGUGCUAUCUUGUCCUUUGGCCAUGAGGUAACUGAAAAGAUUCAUUCUAUGUAUCUAUCUUCAAUGCCUUGGAAUGAGAGUUCUAGAGAAAAGUAUAGAGCCAUGGAGUCUUCUGACAAAGUUACAGGAGGUGUCAGAGCUACAGAUGAUGCCUUCUCUGCACUUGGCCAUGGCCCUAAGCAGUGGAGUCCAGAGACUAAUGAUGGCUGUUUUAGUGCUACAGGUGGAAUUCGUCCUUUUCAUCUUCAAAACUGGAAGCAAAAAGUUAGUCGGACUAAGAAAGCAGAAUUCAUACGCACAGCAGAAAAAUUUAAAACUCAAGUUAUUAACAUAGAAAAAGAUAAACACAGUCAUUUCUACAACCAAAAAAGUGACUUCAGAAUUGAACAUAGUAUGCUGGAAGAAUUGGAAAAUAAACUGAUUGACAGCAGGAAAACAGAAAGAGCAAAAAUCCAGCAACAAUUGGCCAAAAUUCAUAACAAUGUAAAGAAACUUCAGCAUCAGUUGAAAGAUGUGAAGCCUACACCUGAUUUUGUUGAAAAGCUCAGAGAAAUGAUGGAAGAAAUUGAAAAUGCAAUUAACACUUUUAAAGAAGAGCAGAGGUUAAUAUACGAAGAGCUUAUUAAGGAAGAGAAAACAACUAAUAAUGAGUUGAGUGCCAUAUCAAGAAAAAUUGACACAUGGGCUUUGGGUAAUUCAGAAACAGAGAAAGCUUUCAGAGCAAUCUCAAGCAAAGUUCCAGUAGACAAAGUAACACCAAGUACUCUUCCAGAAGAAGUACUAGAUUUUGAAAAAUUCCUUCAGCAAACGGGAGGGCGACAAGGAGGCUGGGAUGAUUAUGAUCACCAGAACUUUGUAAAGGUGAGGAACAAACAUAAAGGGAAGCCAACAUUUAUGGGAGAAGUUGUAGAACACCUGCCUGGAAAAACACAGGAUGAAGUUCAACAGCAUGAGAAAUGGUAUCAAAAAUUUCUGGCUCUAGAAGAAAGAAAAAAAGAGUCUAUUCAGAAUUGGAAAACUAAAAAGCAGCAAAAAAAGGAGGAAAUUUUUAAGUUAAAGGAAAAGACAGACAACAUACCCAUGCUUUUUCAUAAUAAACGAGAAGAUAAUCAAAAGCAAAAAGAAGAACAAAGAAGGAAACAGAAAUUGGCAGUUGAAGCUUGGAAAAAACAGAAAAGUAUAGAAAUGUCAAUGAAAUAUGCUUCCCAGUUAAAAGAAGAGGAAGAAAAAGAGAAAAAGCAACAGAAAGAGCGCCAACGCCAGUUUAAACUAAAAUUACUACUAGAAAGUUACACCCAACAGAAGAAAGAACAGGAAGAAUUUUUGAGGCUUGAAAAGGAGAUAAGGGAAAAAGCCAAAAAGGCAGAAAAAAGGAAAACUGCUGCUGAUGAAAUUUCUAGGUUUCAAGAAAGAGAUUUACAUAAACUUGAAUUGAAAAUUCUAGAUAGACAGGCAAAAGAAGAUGAAAAGGCAGAAAAACAAAGACGACUGGCAAAAUUAAAAGAAAAGGUUGAAAACAAUGUUAGUAGAGAUCCCUCUAGACUUUACAAACCUACCAAAGGUUGGGAAGAACGAAACAAAAAGAUAGGGCCAACAGGCUCUGGGCCACUUCUGCAUAUCCCACAUAGGGCUAUUCCAACCUGGAGACAAGGAGUAUAGAGAAGACUAUGGGAUAAUGAAAUGAAAUUGCUAUUCAGUUGAUGAGAAUGUUAGCAUACUUGGUCAUACCAGGAAAGAGUGAAUAACCAUGUUCUUUAUUUUUUAUUUUUU